AUUACUUCAAGAAAGUGGAUUACUUGGAUUUACUCGGAGUGGGCUGAGGACAAGGCAAGGAAGGGCAGUCGCAUAGAAGACCUUUGGCAGAAACCUGAAGUACAAAGAGAGAUCAAGGCGUUUUGCUUGUCAAAUCUCCGUCUUUUGAAGCACGUGAAUGUUUCCACCGAAGGCUGCUCGGCUUACCUUCUCACCUUUGGAGGUGCUCGCCGACGCGAGCUGAUCAUUGAUCUCGCGCCUCCGUCAUACCCAUGUCCUGAUGUCGCUACGCUUCCUGUUCCUGUUCGAAAGCUACUGUCUGACAGUGUCACAUCCAGUGAACUCAGCAUUGAACAGCGGAACGCAGUGCAAGCGGCAAUUCUAUCUACUGACUUCACUUUGAUAGAAGGAUUUCCAGGAUCAGGGAAGACCACUACAAUCGUCGCCUUGUUACGAUGCCUUCUUGAAAUGAAUUGCUCAGUUUUGCUAGCUACAAAUACUCACUCCGCUCUCGACAAUGUGCUGGCCAAGCUGAGAAAAUAUACGAGCGGUUCGAAGAUACUUCGGCUCGGCAACUCGCCAUCAGUUCGUGACAGUGUCGCCGAUCUUACAUUGGAGUCAAAAUUGAAGGGUUCCGAAGAAGAUAAGUAUAAAGCAGCUAGGAAUAUUUUGAAGCAAACGCCUCUUGUCGCCAGCACAUGUCAUUAUGUGCCUAGAGACGUGCUAUUUUCCUGGAGAAAGUUCGAUUACUGUAUCAUUGAUGAAGCAUCUAUG